AUGAAACUUACGAAAGGGGCAUACAAUUGGCUGCAAGAGCAAAUACGCAAGCUAGAAAAUAUUAUAAUAAAGAACGACGAAGUAGAGUGGCUGGCAAAAACUUGUCCGUAUCUUAGUACAGAAUAUCUUGAGUAUCUAAAGGGCUUCCACUUGCGGCCGGACGAGCAAGUGGAGCUUACAUUUACGCCGGAGACGAAUGGCGAGAGCGACGAUGUGGCCGGUGAUAUAUCGUUGACGGUUAGAGGGCUCUGGAUCGAGACGAUAUUAUAUGAGAUCCCGCUCCUCGCACUCGUUUCGGAAGCCUACUUCAAGUUCGUGGACAGGGAUUGGACCCACGAUGGACAAGUUCUCAAUGCGAAACACAAAGGUCUGGAGCUUAUAGAGAAUGGCUGUAUCUUCAGUGAAUUCGGCAGUCGAAGACGGCGGGACUACAAGACUCACGACCUCGUUAUUCAAGGGCUUGUCGAAGCUUCUAAGGAUGCCACGACAAAUGGGAAGGGUUGGAAGGGCAAGUUUACCGGCACAUCGAAUGUACAUUUUGCCAUGAAGCACGGCGUUCAACCGAUUGGCACCGUGGCGCAUGAAUGGUUCAUGGGUAUUGCGGCCAUAACCCAGGAUUACGCCAAUGCGAACGAGCUGGCGUUGCGAUACUGGACUGCAGCUUUUGGACGAGGCGUCCUCGCUAUCGCGCUAACAGACACCUUCGGCAGUUCGUCAUUCUUGAAAGCGUUCAAGAAACCCGCGGCGAAAAGCGGCUCCACCAAUGCUGCCGACAGCUCGAAAGAUCCGACGUACGCAGAGGUAUUUACAGGUGUACGACAGGACUCAGGGGAUCCGCUUGAAUAUCUGAAGCUUAUGGAAGAGUUCUACUCGUCUCAAGAUAUUACGGACAAGAAAGUCAUCGUGUAUUCUGAUUCACUCAAUUGUCAAAAGUGCAUUCAGUACAAGAACGCGACCGAUGCAGCAGGACUCACGCCUUCCUUCGGCAUUGGGACAUUCUUUACGAAUGACUUC